AGACAGAAGCAGAUGAGCGCAGAGGCCUUUCCCAAUUCCCCUUUGUGUUUAUAUAUUUUUAAUUCUUUUAGAGGGAAAACUGUCAACCAUAUCCAAAGUGCAGGACCAAAGAGUAAUAAUGUAUGCUUUAGUAAGGUUCUAUGGUGACGAUUUGUGCUACGCUUUACCCGUUUCCAGUGUGAAAGAUUUUAAACCUUUGCACAAAACAGAUUUUGAUCAUCAGAAGGUGUAUCUGGUUCUAAGAAGUGAAGAGAAUGGUACAGGCCAAGCUGGCAAGGCACAGAUUCUAGCCCUCGCAGAAAAUAUAGACGAAUUUGAACACAGUAUUAUGCAAAAGAAGAUGAAAAUUCCAAAAAUGUCUUCAAGAAACACGGGAAGCAUAAUUGAAAAUCACUUUGGGGAGGAGAGACUGCCUCUAAGACAUAAAAAGGCCCAUGCUCAGGAAGUGGGACGUCCCAUGAGCAGCACAAACUCCUCCAAGAGCCUGGCGGCCGUGGUGGCGCGGCUGGAGCGCAACGCGGUGAGCUCGUGCCUGGAGAGCGAGGAGGACCCGGAGGAGGACAGGCUGGCCCUGGGGGAGGAGGAGGAAGAGGAGGAGGAGGAGGAGGCCAUCGCCACUGAACGGGACAGGCAAGGGGACAGGGUCUGUGGCGGGGAGGGCGUGGAGGCGGUGGUGCCCCGGGUGCUCUAUGAGGAGCUGGUGCACAGCUACCGGCAGCAGGAGGAGGAGAUGCGCAGGCUGCAGCAGGAGCUGGAGAGGACCCGGCGGCAGCUGGUGCAGCAGGCCAAGAAGCUGAAGGAGUACGGCAGCCUGCUGACCGAGGUCAAGGAGCUGCGCGACUUCAACCGCCGCCUGCAGGACGUCCUGCUCAUCAGACUCGGAAGCGAGCCUAUGCACGACAAUGGCACUCAGACAAUCAAGGAGGUGGUGGAGCCCAUCAUUGAGCCUCAAGAGGUCUGCCGAGAAGAGGCCAACACCAGCUCCAGCCACUCUCCCUCCCCUCGAACAGUCUACACUUUCAACGAUGGCAAGGUGCACCUGGGCGGUGGAAUCUGGGUGGAGGAGGAGAAGUGGCACCAGCUGCAGCGGACGCAGGGCGACUCCAAGUUCACCAAAAACCUGGCGGUCAUGAUCUGGGGCACGGAGACGCUGAAGAACCGCAGCGUCACCGGCGUGGCCACCAAGAAGAAGAAGGAUGCGCUGCCCAAACCGCCCCUCUCUCCCAGCAAGCUAAAGAUCGUCAGAGAGUGUCUGUACGACCGCGUGUCGCAGGAGACGGCAGACAGCGCCGAGAUCACGCAGCGAUUAUCCAAAGUGAACAAGUACAUCUGCGAAAAGAUCAUGGACAUCAACAAGUCCAUCAAGAACGAGGAGAGGCGGGAGUCCAAGCUGCUCAUCCGACAGACGGUGAAGAUGGAGAACUUCCCCUGUGACGGCAUGUAGAGCUGGCCAGCGCCAGCCAGCCUACUGCUGCCACCACCACCACCACCUCUACCACCACCCCCACCACCCUCCACACACACCUCCACCCGUCACCAUCCGUGUCACUGUGGCUUCUCAGCGGUUCUCAAAAACCGUCACAGAGGAAAAGAAAGAGGGUGGGACUCACUCCAAAACGCCGUCUGUUCUGCCAUUUUGAGAUUCUCAUCAUCAGUGCCCUAAAGAGGCCUUUCUCCACCUCCUCCUUCACCCCCACCCCACCCCAAACAUACCCAUAGCUCACCUCCACCCCUCACCCUUUUAUUGUUAACUAAUCUGAGUUAGCCUGGCAGAGUUUUCCCAGCCCAGUGCAGUCCGUAAUACAAAGUGUUCUUUGGA